CUGAUAGAGCUGACAUGACUCAGAAGAAGAAGAGAAGAAGAAAGAGGUCUUAGGUCUGAAGUGGACCCUGGUUCAUCCUGAGGAUUCACGUUCCUGCUGCGCACACACAGUUGUUGGACGUCACCUUCAGAAGCUCCACCCAGUGUGACAGUGAGUGACUUCAUUGACCGUCCGGGUGAGGAAGAAGAUGUCCUCCACCACUGAAAACAGCAUGAAAAUAAGACCUGAAGAAGAUGAUGACGAGGAAGACUCCAUUCUCCCUCCCCUGUCUCCUCUUCAACCUGUCACCAUGACAACCUUAGAGGAUGACACCGUGACGCAGCCUCCCGCGGGCAUCAGCUGGGACUCCGGGGACGAGACCGGUGUCGCUCUGUCCGACUCCAAUAAGGAGGAGUUACCAUGGCAACUGGAGGAGGAGGAAGGACGCGAUGAAGAGGAGAUGACAGCAGUCGCUUCAUCUCCAGACGGACGAUUCCUAAAGUUCAACACUGAGAUCGGACGAGGGUCCUUCAAGACGGUUUACAAAGGCCUUGACACAGAGACCACGCUGGAGGUGGCCUGGUGUGAGCUACAGACUCACCGUCUGACCAGAGCUGAGCGUCAGCGCUUCAGUGAGGAGGUGGAGAUGCUGAAAGUUCUGCAGCAUCCCAACAUUGUCCGUUUCUUUGACUCCUGGAAGUCUUCGCUGAAGGGCCACAAAUGCAUCAUCCUGGUGACGGAGCUCAUGACAUCUGGAACACUGAAGACGUACCUUCGCCGGUUCCGUCAGAUGAAGCUGAAGCUGCUGCAGCGCUGGAGUCUUGAAAUUCUGAAAGGGCUUCACUUCCUGCACUCACGCUCCCCUCCGGUCCUGCACCGAGACCUCAAAUGUGACAACAUCUUCAUCACUGGGCCCACUGCCUCUGUCAAGAUCGGAGACCUGGGCCUCGCCACUCUCAAGAGAGCCUCGUUUGCCAAAAGUGUGAUUGGAACUCCCGAGUUCAUGGCUCCAGAGAUGUAUGAGGAGAAGUACGACGAGGCGGUGGACGUCUACGCCUUCGGUAUGUGCAUGCUGGAGAUGGCGACAUCCGAGUACCCGUACUACGAAUGUCAGAACGCCGCCCAAAUCUACCGCAAGGUCACCAAUGGAAUCAAACCAGACAGUUUUUUUAAGGUCAAAGUUCCCGAGCUGAAAGAGGUUAUCGAAGGUUGCAUCCGAACCAAGAGCAGCGAAAGGUUCACGGUUCAGGACCUGCUGGAGCACCGGUUCUUCCAGGAGAAGACGGGCAUCCACGUGGAGCUGGCCGAAGAAGACGAUGGCUCCAAGGUGGCGCUGAAGCUCUGGCUCCGGAUGGAUGACAACAAGAAGCUUCGCGGGAAGUACAAAGACAACAAUGCCAUUGAGUUCCUGUUCGAGCUGUACAAAGACGUCCCUGAGGAGGUUGCCCAGGAGAUGGUAAUCCUAGGGUUCGUGUGCGAGGCGGACUACAAGGUGAUCGCCAACGCGAUCCGGCACCGAGUGACAGCCGUGAAACGCCAGCGGGACAAAUGGCGCCGCCUACAGGAGGAAGCUGUCAGCAGCCAGAAGGACCGUGUGGUGGAGGAAGAGCCUGACCCCGCCCCCCUGCAGUUUGUCCCCGCCCCUCAGCAGCCUGACCUGACCAAUGAGACCCCUACUGCUGUCACGAACCUUUCUGCUAAUGAAAAUGUUGCCAAUCAGAACAAUCCGUCUGGCUGCAUACAAGCCCCACCCACAACUCCCACAUCCACAGUGACAUCACUGACGUUGUCAUCAAGCAGCAGCCCGAUGGACUCUGGCAUCAGCAGUGUCUCCAGCAGGACAGAAGGACACGGUGAUGAGGACGAGGACCAGGCGUCCAAAUCUGAUUGCGAAGUUAAAGCUAAGCCUCCUCCUGUUCCUGCACCCUUGCCUCAGGAAGCCCCUCAGUCUGAGGCUCCUCCCCUUUUGGCUCGGAAAGCUUCCAAAGCGCCGCCUUUCCCUGUGCUCCGUUUCCCCAAGAGCAUCGCUGUGUCCCAGAGUGCUGAACGACCACCGGCUGGAUCAGGUUUCGCCUCACCUGUCGACAGCUACUCCUCUGACAUAACCUCGGGCUUGAGUGAUGGCAACGAUGGCCAGUCAGAUAAAAGCAGCCUAGAGGUGGCAAAGAGGGAGGCAACGAAGCAGCUGAGGAGGAGAGCCAGAGCUCGUCUGAGGAUCAUUGGGGUGUCUGACAAGGUGGAUCGGGUGGUGGAGUGUCAGCUGCAGACACACGACAACAAGAUGGUGACAUUUAAGUUCGACCUGGACGGGGACAAUCCAGAGGACAUUGCAUCGGUGAUGACCCACAGAGACUUCAUCCUGCCAUCUGAACGGAAAGCAUUCAUCCUGCGCAUGUAUGACAUCAUCAGGAAGGCGGAGUCUAUGAUACAGGAGCAGUAUUCAGCAGACAGCAGCAGGUUGCCUCACCUGUCCGUCUCCCAGAACCGGUCCAGAACUGCGUCCCAGUCCUCAUUACCUGACGUUGAUGACGGUGACCCCUCCCCUCUGAAAGUAGCUGAUUUCAGUGUCGACCCUGAGGCCACGCCCCCCGUGGGACCGCUCAGGUCACAGUCUUUCCAGAUCUCAUCAGUCUCUUCAUACCAGACACCCCCCAACUACCCCCUCAAUUACCCCCAUGCAACUCACCCUUACUCCACCUACACCAACUCUUUUCCCACCCAGAGUCCCCUCCCCCCUCUCCCCCGGGUCCACAGUAACCCUUCCCUCUUCACCCCCGCCUCCUCUGCUGCACCUCCUCCUCCUCCGUGGGCCUCCCAUGACCAGCCUCUCUUCUCUCUGGCCAACGUCCUCUCUGUUGCCAUGAGUGUGGCCCACUCCCUGUUGCCCCAACCUGGAGCCCCCAACCAAGGUUUUCACCCCCAUCCUCAGCCCCUGUCCCACCCCCUCCCAAACCCCCAGACUGCCUUCUCAUCUCCUGGAUCUCCAUCCAUCGGCCCUAGUCUCCACCCUCCCCCCUCCAUUUCCACUUCCUUUUUACCCCAACCACCCUACACCCCCCCAAUACGUCAUACAGGCUCCGCCCCCGACAGCCAGCAGAGGGCAUCGUCAUCUGGCCGACCUGCAGACACACCACAGAACCACAGUCCGGUCCAGCUGAAGGUCGGGUCGAGUCCUCCUUGUGGUUCAGAGAACGUCUCCCCUCCUAUUCUGACCAGUACUCCCAGUAACAAAGGAGAGCUCUCUGACUCCUCCUCCUCCUCCUCCUCUCCACCUCCGAUGACUUCUCAGACCAAAGUGUCCCCUCCUGUUUCCCCAUCAUGGAGACUCUCCCCCACACUGGAAGGAAAGAAAUCCCUCUUCACCGUUGGUCGUUUUCAAGUCUCGCCCUCUAAAAAUGUUCCAGCUGAACCACGCCCCCUCAAUCAAGCCACGCCUACCACCCACUCCCCGCCUCCCUUCAGGAAGAACGGAUAUGACAGCGACUCGGAGAGCAGCACGGAGGAGGAGGACAAUGAAUCAGAGAGCAGCAACCACAUGGCGACUGUCACCCCACCUGGUUUCUAUGACAAUCCACCAGGCCAGCAGGAGCAGAAAACGGCAGAUCACAGGCUGAGUCUCAGUCUGUCGGAGGGGCCAGUUGGCGGUCCCGGACUGAGCAGCAGCUUCAGCCAAUCAUGGAGCCGCUCUGCCACCUACAGUUCCGACGAAUCAGAGGAUGAGAAGAUGUCGGAGGAGCUUCUGGAGCUUCGAGAAAGACACCUGCUGCAGGUGCAGAACCUUCAGGUGAGCCAGAAGAGAGAGAUCGAGGAGCUCUACAGGAAGAAGGGUAAAGCUGCACCCCAUGGCAUCGUCCCUCCGGCCGCCAUGUUGAACCACCGCCAACGCCGCCUCUCCAAAUCCGGAAACUUCCCUCCACCUCUUAAAAACAGCCUUCAGAGGCAGGAUGCGCUGCCCCCUGCAGGGAUCAUGAGGAAGAGCGCGGUGAGCGGCAGUGGAUCCCAGGACCGGGUGCUGAAAGGAGUCACGUUUGCCCCUGAGCACAGCAGCAUGUGAGAGUCGGGGUGCUGAUGAUUUCGGAAACAAACAUCUGGACGGAGGAGGUGUCGGAAACAUCUGGACAGAGGAGGACGUGUCGGAAACAUCUGGACAGAGGAGGACGUGUCGGAAACAAACAUCUGGACGGAGGAAGACGUGUCGGAAACAAACAUCUGGACGGAGGACGUCGUGUCGGAAACAUCUGGACGGAGGAGGACGUGUCGGAAACAUCUGGACAGAGGAGGACGUGUCGGAAACAAACAUCUGGACGGAGGACGUCAUGUCGGAAACAUCUGGACGGAGGAGUACGUGUUGGAAACAUCUGGAUGUAGGACGUUGUGUCGGAAACAUCUGGACGGAGGAGGAUGCGUCAGAAACAUCUGGACGGAGGAGGACGUGUCGGAAACAUCUGGACGGAGGAGGACGUGUCGGAAAUAACUGAUGUAGUAGAGUCCAGUUUCUGCUGGAGGAUCUCGCUGCGCUCUGAUUGGUCCCUCUGCUCCUCGCUGCUGCUGGUUGCUCUGGUGAUGAAUCUGAUCACUUCCUGAUCACUUUUUGUAACUCAUUGAAAGAUGAGUUAUUGAUUAUUGAACAUUGGUCUGUGACGUCUCAGCUGAUGUUGAAAAGUGUUUGUGUGAAAUGACUUUGAUCCUGUUGUUUUCAUGUGUUCUGGAUUUGAAGUGUUUAAAUAAACUGAUGAAAAGUU